CGGGACAGGCUUCAGCUGAGGGUCAUCUCAGAAACAUGGCGUGGAGAGGUUGUGUAAUGAAAUGGACCAAAACACAGUUCAUCAGAUCCACCAACACAGCGUCGCGAGGCUCCAGACUCACCCCCUACAGCCAGCAGAGGUGUGCUUUCCGUCGGGAGGCCAAGAGGCCAGAGACAAAGAAAGGCAAUGUUGACAAAGAAACAAACAAUACACCCUCUGAGGCUGCUGAUGGCGUGCCACCGGGCCAAGCUGUGCCCCGUCCUCCCAAAGUCCACAGGCCCACGCUUUUCAGACCGCUGAUGUUCACAGUAGGGUUUACAGGCUGCUCCUUUGGUGCAGCGGCCAUCUUACAAUAUGAGUCUCUGAAGUCGAGAGUACAGACUGCAAAGGAGGAGGCCAAGUCAGAAAAAUUGAUACAGGGGUCCCAGGAUAUGGCAUACUGGCAUAACUGGUGGAACCAGCUGACAGACUUCCAGAAACAGAUCAUUCUCCUGAUGUCCAUGGUGGAUGACUUCUGGAGCAGUCUCACUGAGGGACAGAGGACUGUCACUGGUAUUAUAGCAAUAAAUGCUGUAGUCCUGUGCUGCUGGCGGAUCCCCUCUAUGCAAAGAUCCAUGAUAAAGUACUUCACUUCCAACCCAGCCUCCAAAACGCAGUGCCUUCCCAUGGUCCUGUCCUCCUUUAGCCACUACUCCAUUAUCCACAUGGUAGCCAACAUGUAUGUCCUGUGGACGUUUUCCUCCAGUAUUGUCUCUCUCCUGGGGAGGGAACAGUUCCUUGCAGUCUACCUCUCUGCCGGUGUGAUCUCCACCAUGGUCAGCUACAUGUGUAAGACAGCCACUGGACGUCUGCAUCCUUCGUUAGGGGCGUCAGGUGCCGUCAUGACAGUCCUGGCUGCAGUUUGUGCGAAGGUGCCAGAAGCCAAGCUCGGCAUUAUCCUCCUGCCCAUGGUCACUUUCACAGCAGGAAAUGCUUUGAAAGCUCUCGUUGCCAUAGAUACGGCAGGACUUAUUCUGGGAUGGCGGCUGUUGGAUCAUGCAGCUCAUCUUGGUGGAGCCCUCUUUGGAGUAUGGUAUGUAGCAUAUGGCCACAAGCUAAUAUGGAGAAAGAGGGAGCCUCUUGUGAAGCUGUGGCACAACAUCCGUUCUCAAGGUGCCAGCGGAGGCAGGCCUGGUGGGGGACCAGGGCCACUAUAGGACACUAAACGAGGCCCCCAGAACUGUGACACUCACUACCUGGACUUUGAGACACUUUUCAUCAUUGACAUGGAGUCUUUACAGAUUUUAUUGUUGUCAGUAAUUUCAGUUUUCCAGCAAAUGUUUUAAAGUCAGGAAUGAAAGUAAGCUGAUGUUACGGUACAAGUCAACCUCUAAUUUGAAGUAGGGUUUGGAUGUCACACAUGGUGGUUUAAUCCAGAUGUUCCCUAUGGAGGCUGAUAGCAGCUAACUCCCCUUUAAGACCCUACAAGUAAACCCUUGAAUGUCCAACACAAAAACAUCACAUAUCUGACUGAGAUUAACUGGAUUAGUGUCUGACUAGGCAUGAAACCUGCAUUGUUGAUCCCAUUCACUGAUGUGAUUUGAUAAAAUGAAUCUUAACCGUUUGGGAUUAUUAUUUUGUAUUUAUUUUUUCCUUCAUAUAAAAGAGGGAUUACACAUAAGUGACACAAGACCAAGAACUUAUCAAAUUACAUGCAGUGGACACUUUAUUAAGUAUGGCUAGCAGACAUUUGAAAUGCUGGAACCAGUGCUUCUGGCAAAUAAAGUGAAUCAAACAUCUUUCCCAUUUUAAAAUCUGGGAAAACACUAACUGAGCCUCUGUGUGCAAGCUUUACACAUUUUUAGAUGUAACUCACUGGAGGAGUGAGCUGUCCAUAUAAACAGAGGGCUGUGCUGAACCAAGUUGGUACUGUAAAUUUAGUUUGAAAAUAGCUUUAUCCUCUCAGCAUGAAAUGAAGGCAUUAAGUGUGCCAUGGAGUAUCUUGUGUGAGAGUGAAAAGAUGAGAUGACUUGUACAGACAGAUACCUUAUUUCUGCUUCCUGAUGUGGAAAACUGCAUCUCCCGAUUUUGUGUUAAAGUAUUUAUCCAACAUCUUGGCAUUUUGGAACAAUUGUACAAUAAAACUCCGCAUUGAGUGACUUGAUUAUUGUCACUGAUAUGCAUAUUCCUGCAAAAUGUUGCCUCACAGAGAACAAAAUAAAAAGCACCCGAGAACCAU